GAUAAAAAAAAAUAUCACUUUUUACCUUUUUUUGUGUGUACUGGAGAAAGUCUCUAAUUCAAAUGUAGUGAAUGAAUUAAAGAUAUUCAACCAAUAGUAAAAGCAGCUAAACAGGAAAGUCAGGUAGAUAAACUAAUACCCGGACGUUGAUGCUGUUAAAUAGAGAGAGAUUCUCAAAGAGAGGGAGGAAGGACACACAGUUGAUCACGCAUCAUCAGCGACUGGAGGACAGACUGAAUUAUCCGUCAUCUUGACAAGGUAUGUCUCCAGAUCACUUGGUUUUCAAAGUUACUCAUGUCAUGUAUUGUUUCUUUUUUAAAGAUCUGCCCACCAUCCAUUUGGUUGUUUGAAUUCCUCCAGUUUGAUUGUUCACUGAUAAAUUAAGAUCGUAUGUUUUAAGCCUUUGCUCUUUAAAAAAAAAGAUGGUUUCACGACCAGAGCUCAUUGAAUUCCAAGGAGAAUGGACGACUCACUAUUUCAGAGACAACUGGGAAAACAUUCAAAACUUCAAGGCCAGGCAAGAUGAUGUACUCAUCGUAACAUACCCCAAAUCAGGAAGCACCUGGGUCUCAUACAUGCUUGACCUUCUGUAUUAUGGUCAGUCGACUCCUCAGAGUCCGAGAACCGGCCGUCUUCAUGAAAGAGUGACGGUCUUCGAGAUGUGCUUCCCUGGUCCACAGCCAGAAUCAGGGGGUCCUCCACCUGUUUACACAGGAACAGAGCAAUUGGACAAUCUCGUCACUUCUCCUCGACUCAUUAGGACUCAUCUUCCAGUUCGCUUUUUGCCAAAAUCAUUCUGGGAUCAAAACUGCAGGAUCAUUUACGUGGCGCGCAAUGCAAGGGACAGUGUGGUGUCUUAUUUCCACUUUGAUCGCAUGUCACUGGUCCAGCCAGAGCCUGGAGACUGGAACAGUUACCUGCACAGAUUCAUGGAGGGAAAGAUGGUGCAUGGAUCCUGGUAUGACCAUGUGAGCAGCUGGUGGGAGAAGAAAGCAACAUAUUCAAACCUUCAUUUCAUGUUCUAUGAAGACCUGGUUGAGGAUACUGGACGGGAAAUAGACAAACUCUGCAGCUUCCUCGGUUUGUCUCCAUCAGUCGAGGAGAUGGAAGGACUCAAAGGCACCGUGGAGUUUGAUAGUAUGAAACAAGACAUGGUGGUCAACCAAGUAGGAUUUCCAUGGAUGGAUACCAAAAUUUCCUCUUUCAUGAGGAAAGGGAAAGUUGGGGACUGGAAGAACCACUUCACUGUGGCUCAGAAUGAAGAGUUUGAAGAAGACUACAAGAAAAAGAUGAAGAAUCCCACACUGAAGUUUUGCAAUGAGCCUGUGUCCGGCUGUAAAUAACAGAAAACCCCUGAAAUGAUAUGCCAUCAAAGAAUAAUGUCACAUGUGUCUGAUAUGUUAUAAAAAUAGAUAUUAAUGUUGAUAUUAAACAAUGAUAUUGUCAAAUCACAGUGAAGCUUAUUUACAAGCCAAUGUAUAUGGAACUUGAGAAGUUAUUACUUUCACAAAGGAGCUGAUGUUUUCAUUGGUGUAAUUAGUUUUGUCUGUUUGUAAACAGCAUUACAGAAAAACUACAGAACAGAUUACCCCAUAAGAUUUCCGUAUUGAUUAACAUUAUGAGAUUGAGUGUUUUCCAAAAUUUUUUGUGAAUUUC